GUUCUGUUUACGUUCAAAACUUAAAGAAAAAUGAGACCAGGAAGCAAAAGAAAAACAUUAGAAAUGUGUGGAUUGGCCGUUUUUUUCUCGAUUUCAUUUUCUGUACUGUACUGCGAUGGCCAUGGGCGACUUAUUGAACCACCAAGUAGAGCGUCGGCUUGGCGUUAUGGAUUUCAGACACCACCAGACUAUAAUGAUCAUGAAUUAUAUUGUGGCGGGUUUACGCGGCAGUGGAAAAAAAAUAAGGGUAAAUGCGGAGAGUGCGGUGACCCAUGGGAUAUUCCGGAGCCACGUCCCCAUGAAAGCGGCGGCCAAUGGGGGCAAGGCUUAAUCGUGAAAAGUUAUUUUCCUGGAUCCGAGAUGACGAUACGUAUCGAAUUAACGGCUAGUCAUAUGGGAUAUUUUGAGUUUCGAUUAUGUCCAAAGCCAAAUGCUAAACAGUCUUGUCUGGAUCAAAAUGUUUUGCCAAUAAUGAGCGCUUUUCCUUCCCAGCCAAGUCCAACAGAUUUGCGAAGUCGGUUUUAUCCUCGAAAUGGAAGCCGGAUUUAUGAAAUUAAAGCACGUUUACCAGACUUAACAUGUGACCAUUGCGUGUUGCAAUGGCGUUACAUUGCUGGUAAUAACUGGGGAAUUUGCGACGAUGGCAACGGUGCCGUUGGUUGUGGCCCACAGGAAGAAUUUCGUUCGUGUUCGGAUAUCGCCUUAAGCUUGGAUUUGCCUGUUCAUACAAGUCGACCGUUAAACACUAAGUCUCCAAAAUCGACAAAAAUUUUAACAACCGAAUAUAUUACAGAUAAUAUCCAUAGUGAAUCUUUAAAAUAUUGCCUUUUAAUAACUAUAGUUUUAAUAAUAAUUGCUUCCGUUUUGGGAAUUUGGUACAGAUUUAAUGAAUUGAAACAAUUAUUUAACAAAAACUCAAUUUUAAACGAAAGAAAAGCAUUUUCUUUAAGAAUUUUUUUCCACAAAACCAUUUUUUCUAAAUUUAAAUGUGAUUUAUCUCAAACUGACAAUGAUCUCAGCAGUGAUAAAGUCCAUGACCCUCCAAUUGCACCUCCUAGAACUAAAAAGUUAGGAAACAUAAUAAAAGUUCAAAUUGAUGAAUCGACGGCUUCGUAA